AUGAGUGGCAGCUCCUCACCGAUUUGUGAGACGACUGCAAAGCAGUUAAGUAUUGAUUCUUCUCAACCUGAUCUUUUACUUAGAAUCAUUUCCGAGUUUGAGUCGAAAAACAAUAUUCUCAUGGAAAAUAAUUCCCUACUUAGAUUCAAAAUCGAUUCUCUCGAAUAUCAACUCAAAAACAAGAAACACGAAAUAAACGAACUGAAUAAAAAGUUUGUCAAAAUCAUGCCGAGCAUCAUACCCGAUAAGCAACAUAUUUCGGAUGACGUGAGUGUUGGAAAUUCCGAGGAUUCCCAUGCAACAAUUCCAUCUGCUGUAACGAAUGCUCCUUCUUUAAAUGUGGACAAAUCUGUAACGGGAUCUUCAACUGCCACUCCUAUCAAUAUAAAAUAUCCUCCCCAGAAGAUCACCUAUUCUCAAGUAACUCAGGCGAUUAGGUCAGCCCGCCAACUAAAUGGUAGAGAUGGGUUGAGUGAAGCUGUUCCUGCAGAAAAAAACUCAGAUUCCGAAUGGAAAUUUGUAAAAAAUAAAAAUCGCAAGCCUAGAAAAACCCUAGUUGUUGGAACCUAUUCCGGAGCAGCAGACGUUGAGGGCUUAGACAAGUUCAAGGCUUUCCACGUCUCGAAUCUGAAACCCGACACAAGUGUUGAGAACUUACAGAACUUUCUCAAAAAUAAGUUUUCAAAUGUUAUAUAUCUAUCAAAAGCGUUUGACUGCCUGAAUCAACCACUUUUGUUGGAAAAAAUCGAAGCUUAUGGAAUAAGGGGAACUGCUUUGAGAUGGUUUGAAUCAUAUCUGGAUAAUAGAAAGCAGAGGGUUAAAGUUAUGAAAAACGGAAAAACUACAAAAUCUGACAUAAAAACCAAUUAUACCGGUGUACCUCAAGGAAGCAUAUUGGGCCCUAUUUUGUUCAUUUUGUUCACAAAUGAUAUGGAACGAGCACUGAUGUCUGAUUCGAGUCUUCUCACCAAUUAUGCAGAUGAUACAAAUUUGUUGGUUGCUGGAUCUACCUACCCAAACUUGAUAAAUGAGGCCAGCACUUCGUAUAAGAAAAUCGAAAACUGGAUUGAAAGGAAUGGUCUUAUUUUGAGUCAGGAGAAAACUACCACUGUUCUCUUUAGAACCAAACAACAAAAGAUCACAACACCAUCUCAGAUACAACUGUCAAAUUUGAGCAUCACACCUGAACAUUGUACUAAAUUUCUUGUUACAGUUCGUGGAACUAAAGUACUUUUGAGUAGUCGUAAAGCAGCUUCUCGACCGGUAGAAGUGAAACUGGAGAAGAAAAUUGAGCUGUUGGGACAAGUUUGUGAUGUAAAGAAUCGAAACCGUGUGCGUCGCAAACGAAGAACUGAGCUGUAG